AGGACAAGAGAGCAUCAGUAGAUCGAGGGAGAGCAGUAGAGAGGAAGCUACCUCCUCUCGCCAUUUCCAUCACCACAACCUUCAUCGUCAUCAUUCUCUCUUUGAAUACAUGUCGGGGAAGAUGAUGUUGCGCUAACGAGCAGCAGAAGGAGUGCUGAAAGCACGAGAGGUGUUUUUAAGUUGAAUACGCGGAGGAAACGUAUGUAUGUUUGGAUUUCGGCUCUUUUCCCUUCGCCAAUGCAAAAGGAAAUAUGCAGCGAAGCUUCAGCAUCCUCUACACCAGUUUACUGGGGAUGUGCUUGGCUUCAAGCGCAAGUUUCCCAAGUAACAUCAAUAUAGGAGGAUUGUUCCCCACCGAGUCCCAUGAAUAUGAAGUGUUUCGCUUCGCCCUUUCACACCACCAGGACAUCCCCAAACUGGUGCCGCAGGUUGAUAUGGUCAAAAUGGGAAAUAGUUUUUCCAUGACAUAUGCCUUCUGCUCGCAGUUCUCCAAAGGUGUGUACGCCAUCAUCGGCUUGUAUGACAGGAAGACAGUCAACAUGCUCAUGUCCUUCUGCGGAGCCCUCCAUGUCUGCUUUGUUACUCCGUCAUUCCCGAUUGAGACGGCCAACCAAUUUGUCAUUCAGCUGAGGCCUGAGGUGCAGGACGCUCUUGUAGGUGUGAUCGAAUACUAUGGAUGGAACAAGUUUGUCUACAUGUACAGUUCAGACUCCGGGCUCUCUGUGCUCCAGAAGGUUUUGGACACAGCUGCAGAGAGGAACUGGCUGGUGACCUCAGUCAAUGUGGAGACCAUGACAGAGGCAUCAUUCUUGAAAGUGUUCCAAGAUUUGGACAAGAGAAAGGAGGGGCAGAUUAUCAUCGACUGUGAGACAGAGAGGCUCACUGGCAUCCUUAAAAAGAUUGUUGAGCAAGGCAAGAAUGCAAAGAGUUACCACUACAUCUUGGCAAACCUGGGUUUCCUGGACAUUGACCUGACAGACCUCCGGAAGGGUGGAGCGAACAUUACCGGCUUCCAGCUGGUCAACAACUCAGAGCCCAGUGUUAGUAGGGUGGUCCAGCAAUGGAUAGAAUUUGACAACAAGGAUUCCAAAAUACCCAAGACUGGACUCAAAUACACUGGAGCAUUAACAUAUGAUGGCGUAAAAGUCAUGUCAACAGCAUUCCAGAAUUUGAGGAGACAAAGGAUAGACAUCUCGCGCAGGGGCAACGCUGGAGAAUGCCUUGCCAACCCACCAGCUCCAUGGGGUCAAGGCAUAGACAUCCAAAGAGCCUUGCAGCAGGUCCGUAUCGAUGGACUGACUGGUCAUAUUCAAUUCAACGAGAAAGGUCGCAGAACCAACUACACUGUUAGUGUGAUGGAAUUGGCUCCAUCAGGACCCAAAAAGGUUGGCUACUGGAAUGAAGAUGAGAAAUAUGUGACUACUGCAAGCUUCAUGAGAGGCAGCAAUGACACCUAUGGCCUUCAGAACCGAACUUACAUUGUCACAACUAUCAUCGAAUCACCAUAUGUGAUGCUUAAGAAGAAACAUGAGCACCUUGUUGGGAAUGAUAAGUAUGAGGGCUACAUUGUCGAGCUGGCUGCAGAGAUAGCCAAACAUGUUGGCUACCAGUACCAACUGAAGAUCGUUUCGGAUGGCAAGUAUGGCGCCAGAGACGCUGAGACCAAAAUGUGGAACGGCAUGGUUGGAGAACUUGUGUAUGGGAAAGCAGACGUGGCUGUGGCUCCUUUGACCAUCACCCUAGUCCGAGAGGAAGUCAUCGACUUCUCCAAGCCCUUCAUGUCUCUGGGCAUCUCUAUCAUGAUCAAGAAACCCACCAAAUCCAAACCCGGAGUGUUCUCGUUUCUGGACCCCUUGGCUUACGAGAUCUGGAUGUGCAUAGUGUUUGCUUACAUUGGCGUCAGUGUGGUGCUGUUCCUUGUCAGUCGCUUCAGCCCCUAUGAGUGGCACGCAGACGACUACGAGGAAGGAGGAGAGCCACAGAGCCCUUCUCAGGUGGCGGGCUCCAACGGUUUGCAGCAGGGCCAAACAACGACCCAAGCAAACUCCAACCAGCAAAGUCCGGAGCAGACCAAUGAGUUUGGCAUCUUCAACUCCCUUUGGUUCUCACUGGGGGCUUUCAUGCAGCAAGGCUGCGAUAUCUCGCCACGCUCCCUGUCCGGCCGCAUUGUGGGAGGUGUCUGGUGGUUCUUCACCCUCAUCAUUAUCUCAUCCUAUACUGCCAACUUGGCGGCUUUCCUAACUGUGGAGAGGAUGGUGUCCCCUAUAGAGAGUGCUGAAGAUUUGGCCAAGCAAACGGAGAUUGCCUAUGGGACACUGGAUGCUGGCUCAACUAAAGAGUUUUUCAGGAGAUCUAAAAUCGCUGUGUUUGAGAAGAUGUGGUCCUACAUGAAGGCUGCUGACCCAUCUGUCUUCGUCAAGACCACAGACGAGGGUGUCAUAAGAGUUCGGAAAUCCAAGGGAAAGUAUGCCUACUUGCUGGAAUCCACCAUGAAUGAGUAUAUGGAGCAGAGGAAGCCCUGUGACACAAUGAAAGUAGGAGGGAAUCUGGACUCAAAAGGUUAUGGCAUUGCCACUCCUAAGGGAUCCCCUCUCAGAAACCCUGUAAACCUGGCAGUGUUAAAACUGAACGAGCAGGGCCUCUUGGACAAAUUGAAAAACAAGUGGUGGUACGACAAGGGAGAGUGCGGCAGCGGGGGCGGGGACUCCAAGGACAAGACAAGCGCUCUGAGCCUCAGCAACGUGGCCGGAGUCUUCUACAUCUUGAUUGGCGGCCUGGGCCUGGCCAUGCUUGUGGCGCUGGUGGAGUUCUGCUACAAAUCCAGGACGGAGUCACGCCGAAUGAAGCAAUCCAUUAACGACGCAAUGCGAUGCUCCACCCUGACCAGGAUGAGCGGUAACGGGAGCGGAGGAGAAAAUGGACGACUCCUCACCCACGACUUCCCCAAGACCAUUCAGACACUGCCAUGCAUGAGCCACACUGCUGGCAUAGGGCUGGGUGCCUCAGGAAUGUGAUCACAUGACCGUGGGAAAGGGAGUGGCUACAAGGAGGCAGGGUAGAACAAGAAGAGCACAAGACUUUGAUGAUCUCCAAAACAAAUCGUGGCUGUGUGGUUUGACCCUUCAAUUUUCUUGGCUGUGCCCGACCGGAACAAGAUUUAACUUACUGCCAAAAUGCACUCUUCAAAUGUUCGUUACAAGUUACAGACUCAAAAGAUUUUUAAUAUGUGGAUAUGUUUUGGGGGGAGGGGGCAGAAAAAGACGACAGGAUUUGGGCUGCAAUAAAGAAUCUGGGUGUGUUUUCGCAAUUUCUUUUUAGUUGUGUUUCGUUUGUGUUGGGCAAAAAAAAAAAAAUCUUAAGUGUGCCACCUGCGUUGUGCCAUUGCAGUGGAGUUGUUGACUUUAGUCCGCGUGCAAUAUUUUCACCUCGAUUGCUGACCCUGUACUACCUAGAUGCUUUCUGGUGGCUGAGGGUGUCUUUGCACUGAUGUGGUGUGGUGAUGAAGACAAACACUUGUGACUGCUACAAUAAUUUCAUUUUUGUUUUCUGGACACAUGCCUGCACUCUUUCACACUUCAGUGUAUAUGUCGGGGAGGACCAAGUGUUCUGUGUAGCAUAGAUUUAAGAAUAUCGUUUGCACCGAUGAGUGGUUGAGGUGAUUCAUUAAUAAAAGCGCUUGCUGCUUCACACAGUUCAUGCUCGGGCUACAAAAAAAAGAAUGCAUUGCUGCUGCACCUCAUGUGACACAUCAUGCCUUGUCUUUGUGCCAUAGAACCAUUAUUUGUACAGACAAAGAUUUUCUGGAGACUUACCUCUUGAGAAGGAAAAGGCACAAUGGCGCAAUAUACAUAGUGUGACCUUCCACUCUAUUCCUCCGCUGUGAGGUUUCCAGUGUGUGCCACUGCUCUAUUCAGAAUUUUUCUUGAAGAGUAAAGGAAUCUACUGGCAAAUGUAUUCCUGAAAUUAGAGAUGGAGCGCUGGCUCUUAUUCAUCUCUGUGGUGCAUAUGAUGGAAUUUUCAUUGUAUUCAGUUUUAAUGAAUUGGCCAAUGAUGCUACAGUCCCUUAGAAAAAGUAUUCAUACCCCUUCAACCUUUUAAACUUUUGUAACCUUACAAUCACAAACUUGAAUGAAUUUUGUUGACAUUACCAAAACACAAAGUAGCACAUGAAUUGUAGUCUAGAUGCGCUAAGAUGGUAGAGACAAACAAAAUAUUUACAUGGGUAAGGAUAUACCACAAUUUCCAGAUUUCCUAACAUUUUGAAAAGUAAUGUCAUUUCCAGGGUGCCUCGGUGACGCACUGGAUAGCAUGUCCGCCUCACAGUUAGGUGCCGGUUCGAUUCCACCUCUGACCCUCCCUGCAUGGAGUUUGCAUGUUCUCACCGUGCCCGCGUGGGUUUUCUCCGGGCACUCCGGUUUCCUUCCAAAUCCCCAAAACAUGCUUGGUAGGCCAAUUGAGCACUCCAAAUUGCCCCUAGGUGCGAGUGCGGACGGUUGUUCAUAUCUGUGUGUCCUCCGAUCGGCUGGCAACCGGUUCAGGGUCUCCCCCGUCUACUGCCCGAUGACGCCCGCAACCCCCGUGGGGACAAGCGGUACAGAAAAUGGAUGGAUGUCAUUUCCACUCCACUUAACAAUUAUGUUCUACUUUGUUGGCUGAUCAUUUACAGUAAAUUUUCAAUUAAAAUGGUGAUGUCUGUGAUUGUAAAGUAGAAAAAAUGUAAAUAGUUUCAGGAAGUACAACUAUUUUUUUCAAGGCACUGUAUUCAAACAUAAUUUACUGACAGUGAUUCCCUAACGACAAUACUUCUUUCAAACAAUUUACUGAAAAUUAUAACACAUAUUCCAAGGCUUUUUUUAUAAUUUAUGUAGAUUUUCCGAUUCUGUUGAGAUUUAUUUUCAGAACAUUUUGAAAUCAAAAUAAUGAAGUGCUAUUGAGCUUUCAAAUUAAAUUAAUACACCUAAAUCUCGCUUUUACUCGCUUAGAUCCUACGUGACUUUUUGUAACGGUUUGGUAAUGGACCCCAAUUUUUUCUUGUCAUGAAUACAUUUAUUCGGAAAGGAGGAAGUUCGCGAAAGCACCUUAUCCACAGUCACUCACCAAUAAAACAUGCCUUUCUAAAGAAAACUAGGUUUUCUAUGCAACACACUUUCGGGGUCAACGCGAUUCCCAAAUUCUGGAGCCCAAAAUCCACCUAAAAUCGAGAUUUAGGUGUAGACAGUUUUCUUUUUUCUAAGCUCUUGUUAAUUAACAACUGUGUUUAGCAAUUUGCCAUAUGAGAGUUUCCAAUGAAAUCCCAAGUUAAAGAUCCUUAAAAAUAUUUGUUGAUGAUUUGUUUAUGUAAAAUCUAACAAAUAGUACUACAGUGGGUUUAAUUACAUUUGAAAGUGAGAGGACAUUUUUUUCAUUAACCUACAAAAGAACAGAAUGUCUUACGAGGAUUUGAAAAAAAAGGUUCCAGUGUCAGGUUUUAAUUACAGUUGAACGUUUUACAAUCACCCUUUCCGUGUUUUAUUCAUAAUAAUACAAACCAACGCAAUAAUAAAAGAAUUGUAUCGUUUUAGUCGUUGCAAUUUAGAAAUUGCAAUGCAUUUAAAUAUUUUCAAUUACAUGCCCUCAGCAGUGGAAUUUCAAAGCAAGUGAAAUCAAAGGCACCGUACAUGAAGACAUGAAAUUACCAUCAUUGUACAUUGUAAAAUGUUUACAUCUAAAGCUGUGAUUUUUAUCUGAAGGUAACUAGAAGGUCGUGGCUAGUUGUCUUAUUGGAUGCCCGCUGUCCCAUCAUUUACAUUACCACCUACCUUAUACUAUUGCUUCUUCCUCUAAGAUGUCUAUUGUUUUCUUCCUCCUUUUCUGCUUUACAUUCUAUGAAUACAAAUUUAAAAAUUAAGAUCUCAAAUGACUUACUAUUAAUGAUAAAUGGGCAAUUUACCAAAACCAUACAUAUCAGCACCUAUUAUGUAAAUAGAAACAAUUUCCUAUCUCAAAUGUUUGCUUUGUAAUGACACUGUGUACCUGAACUGUGUGCAUACUUCCGUCUUAUUGUGCUGUUGUAUUAAUUAGGACACGGCACAGCACUCCUUAGUGGACCUUCACAUUCGGAGAGGUUUUAUAUGACAACAGAUUUAUAAGAAAGAAAAUAAAUUUAAAAAAAUACACUCAGUGUUUGUAUUAUAGAGGACAGUUCGGUUGCCAGUGUUUUACACUUCAAAUAGUGUAAAAAAAACAAAAAACAAAACAAAAAAAACUUGCCGAUGUGGAAUAAUCUGUUGAAACGUUUAAAUCCAGUUUGGGUUUAUUUUUUUAAUUUGUUG